AUGUCCGUUACAGAGAAGACUCCGAGUUCCGUCUCUUCUCCAGUCCCGGAGGAAGAGCCGGUGCAAGCCGAAGGUCAUGAUCUGCCGAUGGACCACGGCACCAUUGCCUGGCUUCAGGUUUUGGGUUGUUGGAUCUUAUUCGCGAAUACUUGGGGCCUGUCCAACUCUUUUGGGGUGUUCCAGGCAUAUUACACGACUGAACUGCUCCCAGAUGAUGACCCAUCCAAGGUGGCAUGGAUCGGCUCGAUCCAAAUUUUCCUCAUGAUGUUGAUUGGCGUCUGUGCUGGAUGGCUUCUGGACGCCGGCUAUUUGAAGUUUAUCCUCAUAUGCGGAACGGCUCUUACCUCGCUGGGAUUAUUCAUGCUUAGUCUAUGCACGGAAUAUUGGCAGAUCCUGCUUGCGCAAGCAUUUUGCGUUGGUUCAGGCAGUGGUCUCCUCGGCCUUACAUCUGUUGCGAUCAUACCUCUGUACUUCCAGCGCAAACGCAUGGUGGCGACGGGUAUUGCCGCGACUGGAAGUAGUCUUGCUGGUAUCAUAUACCCAAUCAUCGAGAGAAAGUUGAUUCCCGCCAUUGGGUUUGCUUGGGCUGUCAGGGUCUUUGCCUUCAUUGUUACUGGCAGCUUGCUUGUUUGCAUUGCCAUUCUCAGGCUGAGACCCAACCACAAGCGCCGCGGCGCUCUCUUUCGACUGAAACAUUUUCGAGAUACUCCAUAUGUCAUGUUCUGCAUUGCAUUCGCACUCAUGAUCGGUUCCGUAUACGUGCCUUUCUUCUUCAUUGAUGCAUAUGCUAUUCGACUUGGAGUCGACCCGAACACUUCAUACUACAUCCUGAGCGCCAUGAACGCAGCCAGCUUACUCGGCCGUCUAGCACCGAACUGGCUGGCUGACAAGUACGGCGGCAUGACGGUCAUGAUUCCCUGCUGCAUCGGAUCCGCAAUCGUUCUGUUCCUCUUUCGAUUUGCGCACUCGCUGCCUGGCCUCAUUGUCAUUUCAAUUGCAUACGGCUUCAUCUCUGGCGGCAUGGUCUCGCUGCCACCUGCGACAAUUGCCAAUUUGACCGACGACCUCUCUGAGUAUGGAACGAGGAUGGGCAUGGGAUACACAAUUGCAAGCCUUGGGGCUUUGAUAGGUAAUCCCAUUGGAGGUGCUGCACAAAAUCGUCGUGAAGGCGCAGAUUCCACGGAAGCAAUUCAAAAGGAGUUCCAGGGAACCUGGAUCUUUGCUGGCGGAUUCAUCAGUGGCGAGGAAGAGGAUCAUGUUUGCCAGCAAGUUGUCUUCUACAGUGCAGGUGUCGGCACUGGUGACGGCGUGAACAUCCUUGAACGAGGGCGUCAGGCCACCUUUGGUAACGGACUCGUGUCCGACGUCAUCAAGGCAUACCACUUCAUCGUCACAAACUACUCUCCUCAUGAUGAAAUCUUCUGCUUUGGUUUCUCACGAGGGGCCUACACUGCUCGAGCGGUAGCUGGCCUUAUUACGGAUAUCGGUAUCAUUCACCCGCAUGAACUGGACGACUUCCCGGACCUGUACCGCUUGUAUCAAAAUCACAGUCACAACGACAGCUUCAAUUUUCGUCAGUCUAAGGCGUACCGGCAGUGGAUUACCGGCAAAAGGAAGAAGGGAUUGGAGCAUCUGCUUCAAAGUCCAAAUGAAUCCCAGGACCAAUGGGAGCAAGUGCCGCAUACUCUCCCCCCCGAAUUCACCAGAGUGGUCCAAGUUGUCGGCGUGUUCGAUACCGUUGGUGCUUUGGGUAUUGCGUACAUGUCUUGGACUCGAGGCUUGAUGAAUGAAGUUGCCAGGCGAGCUCCUUUUCUUGGUAUCGACGGUCUUGGCUUCCACAAUCCGUCCUUGAGCAGAUACAUAAAGCAUGCCUAUCAUGCUUUAGCUCUCGACGAACAUAAGACAGCUUUUACCCCCACGCUUUGGCGUCUUCCUCUUGAUGGAGAGCAAUGUACCAACUGCUCUGAUGAUCGGUCAAAAGAAGAUCUCGCAAAGGACUUCAGAAGGCUCCUGACAGACGGUGCCAUGGAAGACCAAAUUUCCGCCGCGUGGAAAGCGUUGAUUCGAAGGGAGAUGUCCGACCAACUCAAGGACGACCAACCAACUCUGCAACAGGUUUGGUUCCCAGGUAGCCAUAUCAACAUUGGAGGUGGCAACCCGGGCAUUCUUCUUGGGGCCCCCUUUGACUGUGAGCAACUGGCGCUGAUCUCCUUCACCUGGAUGUGUGACCAAAUCAGUCCAUUCCUUAAGCUUGACGACGAGCCAAGGGACGACAAUGGCGACCAGAAGACACUGUCGACUCUUGCCGACCGCGAAAUUGCCUCUCGUGGAAAGCUUAUCGAGUUUUCAAGACAGCUCCAGGGCCUCAGCAUCAACUCAGCCCUGCAACUGACUCGACAGGCAUUGAACUACGCUGGCAUUCUCAAGACGGACGAAGGUAAUGAUAAGUGGGCUCUAGGGCCAAUCAUUAUGGACAGUUCAGCCAUUGUGAAUCUCGCACCUACGGGCUUCUUCCUGGCAAACAGAACGCCGGGUGAGUACAGAAAGGACGAUGCUGGGAACGACUUCGGUGAGACCAACGAAGCGAUCCAUCCCUCCGUCUUCUAUCGCCACGAUCACCUCAAAUCGUACAACCCAGGAUCGCUCAAGGACUUCACGAGAUCUAAGAAAUUGAACAGAUCGGGAGGCGGACAGGUUCAGUACUUGUAUGAGUGGAGGAAGGGAAAUCUCAUGAUCCCGGAAUACGUGAUCAAACCCGAAGACCGUGUCUCGCGUCAGUUGGCUGAUCGCUCAAUGGGUGGGAAGGAGUUUGUCGGAAAACUUCUCACAGAUCACUAUGACCGCAUGUAA